GCGUGAACUACACGUAAUAAGUGAAAUUGUCUGAUGUACGCAGACUGGCGGCGAUGUAUUAUACUAACACGCGAGAUCGUUUAUCAGUUACCUCGUCAGCUGUUGGGUUUAUUAAAAAUGACACGCAGGACUAGUAUCCCGUACAAGUCAAAUUUAGUCCUUACAAACAUUGAACAAGUGUAACACGUUUACUUUCCUCCUUUAUGACAAUCUGGUCACACUUGCACUAAACGACGAAUUUAAGUCCAUUUCAGUUAUCUGCGAUUUGUUGUUUACAUAAUUUAUCGUUUCAACAAAAGAAACCAGAUUCAACCGCAACUAAAAUUUAAAAAAUAUAAAAUUAUAUAUAAAACAUUAACACCAUUUAGCAUAAGUAUAUUCAUUAAUCAAAUAAAUUAACCCAUUUAGAUUGACAGUGAAAGUUUUAAGAUGAUGUCGAGUGUGAGAACUUUGAGGCAGGCAGUUAUGCCCAUUGUGUGGCUCAAUUGUAUAUUUUGCAUGGGUAUAUUUGAAAUACCUAUAAAACGUCCACGAUAUUUUCUAAGUGCUUUUUAUGCUAUUACAAUAUUAACUGGAUAUUUUGUUUUGAUUUGCAAAGAAAUUCACAUUUUCCAAAAAAUACUCAUUCAAGAAUUUGUGGUAUUUUAUUUUGCCCUGGGAGUCAACAUUUUUGUUGCUGUCUUGGCUGUAAUUCAGUUCUGGCGGAAAACGGAGAAAGUGGAUAACAUAAUUAAGAGGAGUAGUAUGGCAGACGAUACUUUAGAAGCAUUGGGCAUAAAAUCAGAGUAUCAGAAAACCUUCCGCAAUAUUCUGGUUAUUGUAGUUAUCUGGAUAGUAGGCAUGCUAACAUUAAUCGUCAUAUAUGUAACAUUUAUGUAUCGCGAUGUUAAACAAUGGGAUCUCAUUAGUACCAAUAUAUGCAUAUGUUUUCCGAUUGUGAUGAAUUCUGUGGUGGAUCUCACUUUUUCUUCACUUAUCAGUUGUGUUCAAAUGAAAUUUCAAAAGAUAAAUACUCUAACCAACAAUGCAGUGGUUUAUGUAAAUGAAUCGAAAAUCUUCAAGAUUCAUAAUCGGUACGAUAAGACGUCUGUUGCAUUUGUAAUGGCAAACUAUAAAAACGACAAAGACAAGGUAAUGCGUCUCAUUCAAACAUUAAGACACUUACAUUUGGAAUGUACGAGGAUAGCACGGCACAUUAAUCGUUCUUAUUGUGUGCUACUUCUGCUCGAAUUGGCAGUCCAUUUCACGGUUGUGACAACGAAUGCUUACUGUUUGUAUCGUGCAUUUUUUGGCCAGUUAAGCAUAACAGUUACCAACGAACAGAUUAUCACCAUGUCGGUAUCGGCAUGCAUUUAUUCAUUUAAAAUUAUAUUAAUAAAUUGGCUUUGCACGUGUGUGUCAACUGAGGCAUAUAAAACCGGCGAAAUUAUACAAUCUAUUGAAGGGUCUAUUAUGGAUGAUGAUAUGAGGGAAGAGAUUCAUCAAUUUGCACAACAAAUAGUGCUUAAUGAAUUAAAAUUUACCGCUACAGGUUUCUUUACAAUUGAUAAUACUCUUACUGGCAAGUUCUUUGCCACGGUCGCAACUUAUGUAGUUAUUUUAAUACAAAUAAACACAUCCAUAUAACAUAUUGACAUGUGAGAUGAGAAUUCAAACAUAUUAUAAAUAACAAUUUUCCAUUAAUAUUGUUACUUUAAGUAACAGAAGUAUUCGAAAGAGUUUAUACUAAAAACUUAUUUAAAUUAUUAUUCUUUAUAAAUGUAUGUAUUUAAUGAAGAAGUAAAAUUUUCCAAACGUGUUAAAGUGUACGUAUUUAAGUAAUUAAGAGAAAUUUUUUAAUAUUAUACAAACUCAUUUAGAAAAAUUUUGUUAAUUUUAUUUCUCCUAUAAUCUCAUUCUCUUCUGCAAUCUGUCAUCCGUUAUCACGUCUCAAAUAGUAUAAAAGCACUAUAUCAAACAAACGCAACUAUCCCAACAAUUAUAAUAAUAUGAUGUUUCAUCGUUUAAAUUUAUUAAACAUAUUAUGCAAUUGUACGUACAGUAUAAUCUCGCUAAUCUAGCUCUUCGAUCAUACAACACAUUUAAUAAUCUAGUGAGCUUUCGCGGCCUCCUACAAUAAAAUUUUAAGACGUAAGAUUUCAUUAAUUGACCAACAGUUGAAUAUGAGGCGAAUAAUCGACUGCGACUCGUCACUUUCUUGCAAAAAGAUAAACAUCCUUUAAAUAUAAAACUAUUUUUCUAAACAA